UUUUUAAAAUUUCAUAAUACAUGGGUUUGCAGUUUCAGGAAUUAGUGACCUUCAGGGAUGUGGUCAUAGACUUCUCUCAGCAGGAGUGGGAAUACCUGGACCCUGUUCAGAGGGACUUAUGCAGGGAAACUAUAGCCACCUGUCUCCCUGGCCUGGUUUCCCAUUCAGGACAUUCCACUUCUAAGCCAGAUGUGGUCAAGUUACUGGAGCAAGGAAAAGAGCCCUGGAUAAUUCUAAGGAAAAAAACAGGAAGACAAUACACAGCUCUGGAUUUACAAUGUGAAAUAAUUAACUAUGUAGAAAUGCCCUCUUAUGAGAAAGAUAUAUCUUCUACACGACUUCAGAGACUAUAUAGCAAGAAGAAACUCCAUGGAUUUAAGAAAUGCCAAAAAUUUAGUAGUAGCCCUCAAGGUUUCCUGCAUCGCAGGUUUUGUGCUGUGGAGAAACCCUGUGAAUGCAAAGAGUGUGGGAAGAACUUUCGUAGUGGCUACCAGCUUAUUCUCCAUCAACGACUCCACACUGGAGGGAAACCCUACGAAUGUAUAGAAUGUGGGAAGGCCUUUCAAAGUGGUUAUCAACUUUCCGUGCAUCAAAGACUUCACACUGGUGAGAAUAUAUACGAAUGUAGGGCGGGGAAAGCCUUCAUUUAUUCCUCACACAUUGUUCAACAUGAGAGGGUCCACACUGGCAGGAAGCCCUUCAAAUGUCAGGAUUGUGGGAAGGCCUUUAGUCAAGGUGGACACCUCAGGAUUCCUCAGAGAAUUCACACUGGUGAGAAACCCUAUCAGUGUAAGGAGUGUGGGAAGGCCUUUAGUUGGUGCUCAAACCUUGUUGAACACAGGCAGACUCAUACAAAUGAGAAGCCAUACAUGUGUGAGAAAUGUGGGAAGGCCUUUAAAAGAAGUCAUCAACUCAUUGUGCACCAGAGUGUCCACACUGGAAAAAAACCGCAUGAAUGUAAAGAAUGUGGGAAGGGCUACACCACUGCCUCAUACCUCAUUCUACACCAGAGAAUUCAUAAAGGUGGGGAACCAUAUGAAUGCAAAGAGUGCAAGAAAACCUUUACUGUGUAUCGGAAUCUUACUCGACAUCAAAUUCACACUGGUAAGAAAGUGUUUGAGUGCAGGCAAUGUGGGAAGACCUACAGUACUGGUUCAAAACUUUUUCAACAUCAGAAAACUCAUACUGGUGAGAAACCCUAUACGUGUAAGGAAUGCGGGAAGGCCUUUAGCUUGCACAGAUACCUCAGUCAACAUCAGAAAAUCCAUGUUGGCAUGAAGCGCUUUGAAUGUAAGGAGUGUAAGAAAACCUUCACUUUGUAUCGGAAUCUUACUCGACAUCAGACCAUUCACACUGGUAAGAAAGUGUUUGAGUGUCAGGAAUGUGGGAGGUCCUAUAGCACUGGCUCAAACCUUGUUCAACAUCCGAAAACUCACACUGGUGAGAAACCCUGUGAGUGUAAAGAAUGUGGAAAGACCUUUAGUUUGCAUGGAUAUCUCACCCAACAUCAGAAAACCCACAGUGGUGUAAAACCCUAUGAGUGUAAGAUAUGUAGGAAAACCUUUACUUUCUGCAGAAAUCUCACCCUACAUCAGAGUAUUCAUACUGACGAGAAACCUUUUGAAUGUAAAGAAUGUGGGAAGGCCUUCAGACGUAGUUCACACCUUACUGCACAUCACAGCAUUCAUGCUGAUAAAAAACCCUAUGAGUGUAAAGACUGUGGGAAGACCUUUAAGAUGUGUGGGUACCUUACACAACACCAGAAAAUCCAUACUGGCAGAAGACCUUAUGAUUGCAGGGAGUGUAGGAAGACCUUUAGUCGAGCUUCAAAUCUUGUGCAGCAGGAGAGAAUCCACACUGGUGAGAAGCCCUAUGUGUGCAAGCAGUAUGUGAAGUCCUUCAGAUAUUGUGCAGUCCUCAAAGCACAUAAAAGAGUCCACGCGAGCAUCAAAGUCCAAGAAUAGAAGGA